UUUACGGCACACGUGUGUGCACUCCUAUCCACUUCGACGGUGUUUACUCCAGCAUGGCUAAAGUUUUCAAGAAAAAAGUGAGUAAAAAGAGUCUCAAGAUGAGCUCCGAGGGUACAAAUGAGGUCGCAGCAGUGAGGCCAGAUGUAGACUACGAUGACGACGACGUGAAUCUAAAUGAAGUGGAUGAAAAUAUCACCAGUGAAGAGGAAGAGGAUGGCGGCGAAAAUGAACGAAAACGCCAAAAGCUGCUGGAAGCCAUCAGUGCUCUCGGUGGCAAGAGAAAGAAAACGCUGGGAGAGAGAUCAGAGGCGGGCGUCCAGAUGUCUGAGUUUACUGUCAACGCGGAGAGGGAGGGCGACAAAAUCGACCUGUUGGACCUGAUCGGGACCGUGGAGAAAACCCCCGCUGUUCCAGCGAAGACAAAGAAGCAGCUGAAGAACCUGCAGCAUCGCAAAAAGACCAUUGAGUGCCCUCUCAGCAAGCAGGAGAGUGAGAGGAUCCAGAGAGAUGUGGCAUUUCAGAAGGCAGCCACAGAGGUGACCCGAUGGAAAGGUAUCAUCAAACAGAACCAGAGGUCCGAGCAGCUGGUCUUCCCCCUGAACCAGGAGCCCUCUUCCCCUAAACCCAUAGAGAGGGUUGUGACCAGGUGGAAAGCACAAACUCAGCUCGAACAGGAGAUCUUUGCCCUCUUGUCUGCAAACAAGCAGCCCAUCAAUGACCCCAUCCUAACCCCUGCUGAGGAGGCUUCAGUGAGAGCAAUGAGCCUGGAAGAGGCCAAGAUCCGACGUGCAGAGCUGCAGAAGGCUCGGGCCCUGCAGUCCUACUACGAGGCAAAGGCACGAAGAGAGAGGAAGAUUAAAAGCAAGAAAUACCACAAAGUGCAGAACAAAGCCAAGCGAAAGGAGUUUCUAAAGCAGUUCGAUGAGAUGGUGAAUACGGACCCUGGCGCUGCCUUAGAUGAGCUGAAUAAGAUGGAGCUGGCCAGGAUGCAGGAAAGGAUGUCGCUGAAGCACCAGAACAGUGGCAAGUGGGCCAAGUCAAAGGCGAUCAUGGCUAAAUAUGACGAAGGGGCUCGUAAAGCCAUGCAGCAGCAGCUGGAGAUGAACAAAGAGCUGACCCAGAAGCUGGUGACCUCGCUUAAUAAUGAGGAAGAGGGAGAGGUGGAGAAGGAAGCAGGUGAAGCGGAGGUUCUGCCUGAUUUUGUAAAUGAUGCAGAGCAAGGACUGGAUACUUCAAAUCCCUGGAUGAGAGGCAAGCUCUCUGAAGAUUCCACAGUAAAAGAGAUAAGUGACACUGUGGAUCUAACAGCAGAGGGGCCUGGAGCAGCCGAAGAAGAAGAGGAUGAGGAGGAAGUUGAGGAAACAGAAGAGGAAGCGCUUCUCAGAAAGUUUGACAGCAGGAGGAAACUGCGUCAGGCUCAGGAGACUGACACAGUAUCUGUGAUAGCUGAGAAUGAUGAGGAGACUGAAGCUGCAGCAGAGGACCCAGAUACAUCAGACAAAGAGGAAGAAGAGCAUUCAGAGUUUACAGGCCUUUUCAGAGGAAUAACAGACAGUUGUCGGGAGGCUGAAACUGAGAAUGCUGAGGCAGCUGCAGAUGCCAGCCAAAUGGACACUGCAGCUCAGCUGGAGGAAGGGCUGACGAGGGUCAGGACUCUGGAGGACAUGGAGCUCCUCAGUCAGGAGAAGUCAGCCACUGAUGAAGCACCUGUUCAACCCCAGCAGCCCCCAGCCACAGAAAACCUGACGUCUGCAACUCAAAAGGCAGGAAAAACCAGAAAAAGGAAGAGAGGGAUCGAUCUGAAAAAAGUUCUCACCAAAGAGAUAAAAGUCAUCCAAGUUCCGCUCGCCCCAACCAUCGAGGAAACUGAGGACCCAGAUGAAAAGGUGGACCAGAGGGGGCUCAUUAAAGAGGCCUUUGCGGGAGACGACGUCAUCUCAGACUUUCUUAAGGACAAGAGGAAGCAGGAAGAGGCAGGGAAGCCGAAGGUGGUGGACCUGUCGCUGCCUGGGUGGGGCGAGUGGGGAGGGAAGGGCCUCAAGCCGUCCCGCAACAAACGCAGGAGGUUCAGGAUCAAAGCAGCACCGCCUCCACCCAGGAAAGAUCAACACCUGCCCAGCGUCAUCAUGUCAGAGAUGAGAAACAGCUCUAUCAGCCUCCACCAGGUGAACUCUCUGCCCUUUCCCUUCAAGAACCAUGCACAGUUUGAGAGCACCAUCCGCUCCCCACUGGGCCGCACCUGGAACACUGAGCGGACUGUCAAAAAGAUCAGUAAGCCCAAGAUUGUCACCCAGCUGGGCGCCAUCAUCGAGCCCAUGGCUCGGGAGGAGCUGACAAAGGACAGGAAGUAGGUGGCCACUGGGAAUAAAAAUAGUGUGGACUCGUGGAAAAGAAAACAUUAGCAACAACUAACACUGAAAUGCUCCCUGGUUAAAAGUCAAUAAAAAGAAACCACUGCAGCAGGUUGUUAGUAAUUCUCCUGUGUGGCUCUGUGUGUGAUGCUUCAGUUCAUGUUGUGAGAAUAUUUCAACAUUUACAGAGCUGAAAUUAUGUGUUUGACAGUGUUUUUUUCCGGAGCCUUUCAUAUUGUAUAUUUGAUAAUAUAAUAUGUUAAAUCAAAUUUAGAAAUCAACUAAGCAGUGAAGAAUAUUUGAAAUAAAUUCUAUCUUUGGAAUUAAAGAUAUG